UCGCAUAGUUGAAAGAGAAUCACAACAAACAAACAAACAGUGAAAAAGAAAAAACAGUUGGAAGAAAAGAAAAUAGAAGAGAAGAGAGGAGAAGAGAAAUUAAUCGAUUUUCGAUCGGAAUCAAAAACCCUAAAACGAUUAAAUCGAUGAUUCAGAAUUAGCAAAAAUAGGUGUGUGCUUGUCGAAAUCGAAGGGGCUUGCAAGAGCCUCUUCAUCGGAGGUGGUGGUUUAUUCCGAACCUCCACCUCCGGCCGAAUCCAAGAGCCUCUUCAAGCCUAAGCCCCGUACUCCGGCCGACAUUGUUCGGAAUACUCGAGAUCUUCUCCGAAUUCUACAGAGUGGUUCCGUUAACAAGCGCGAUAAUGAUAAGAUGAUCGAGUUGUUUAAGAAUUUGAGAGAGAUGAAAACAAUUCUGUAUGGAAAUAGUGAAGCUGAACCGGUUCCUGAAGCUUGUUCGCAAUUGACUCAGGAGUUUUUCAACGAUAACACUCUUCGACUUAUCGUUGAGUGUCUUCCAAAAUUGAAUUUGGAGGCUAGGAAAGAUGCUACUCAAGUUGUUGCAAAUUUACAGAGGCAGCAGGUUCAAUCUAAGCUGAUUGCUUCUGAUUACUUGGAAAAAAAUAUGGAUCUUAUGGAUACUUUGAUAACAAGCUAUGAAAACCCAGAGAUGGCUUUGCAUUAUGGUGCAAUGUUAAGGGAGUGCAUACGUCAUCAGAUUGUUGCAAAAUAUGUUCUAGAAACACCUCAUAUGAAGAAGUUUUUUGAGUACAUUCAAAUCCCAAACUUUGAUAUAGCCGCAGAUGCCGCAGCAACUUUUAAGGAACUCAUGACGAGACAUAAAUCUACCGUAGCUGAAUUCCUUACCAAUAAUUAUGAAUGGUUUUUUGAAGAAUAUAACUCCAAACUAUUGGAAUCUUCCAAUUAUAUUACAAGGCGUCAAGCUGUGAAGUUGUUGGGAGAUAUGUUACUUGAUCGCUCAAAUGCUGCAAUAAUGACAAGAUAUGUCAGCUCGAGAGAGAACUUAAGGAUUUUAAUGAAUCUUAUGAGAGAGUCAAGCAAGAGCAUACAGAUAGAAUCAUUUCAUGUUUUCAAGCUAUUUGUUGCUAAUCAGAAGAAACCACCAGAUAUCAUCGGCAUACUUGUUACCAAUAGAAACAAGCUUCUAAGGUUGUUGGGCGACUUGAAAAUCGAUAAAGAGGAUGAACAAUUUGAAGCUGACAAAGCUCAAGUCAUGAAGGAAAUUGCUGCCCUUGAACCUAGGGAGUAGGGACAAUCCUUGAACUACAUAUUAUGUUGAGAAGCAAGUUGUGCAUCGCUCCAUUUGAUUUGAUUGACUAUUGUUACAGUUCUUUUAGACUUCGUUAAGUCGAGAUUAAUAUUUCGCAUACAUUUCUAUGUUUCCAUUCCAUAAUUUAUUUGGUUAUGUAAAUUUGGUAGAUAAAUAAAUUGCUAAAAUGAUAUACAUGUAAUAGAAGUAUAUGGCUUUCUUUGGGUCUAGAAAGCUUAACUUUAGCCACUCAAUUUAUAAAUUUCACUAAAAAUUUGACCA